AUGCUCCGCCUCCAAAAUCGGCUGUUCCCUCUCCUCCGCAACGACAGCGCCUCCCCUCUCCUCGCUACCCUCCACCGCCACCUCUCCGCCGCCGCGUCCAGCUCCGACGGCUCCCCUUUCUCCGUCGAGGACUACCUCACCACCACCUGCGGCCUCACCCGCGCGCAAACCCUCAAGGCUUCCAGGUUCCUCUCCCACCUCAAGUCCCCCUCCAACCCCGACGCCGUCCGCGACUUCCUCUCGGACGUCGGCCUCUCCAGCUCCGACAUCGCCUCCGUCGUCGCCGCCGACCCGCGGUUCCUCUGCUCCAGCGUGGACGAGACCCUCGCCCCCCGCGUCGCCAAGCUCCUCGACCUCGGGCUAUCCCCUUCCAAUAUCGCGCGCCUCAUCUUGAUCGCCGCCCCCGCGGUCCGCUCCUGCGACGUCGCCAGCAGGCUCCAGUUCUGGAUCCCACUGUUCGGCUCCUUCGACGACUUCAUCCAGGCCGUCUCAGGGGGUGCUUUGGGAGGCGGUGCCCUCCUAAGGCGUGACAUUGACAUGGUGGUUAAGCCCAACGUUGAGCUACUUCUGAAGUGCGGAUUAACUGUUCGUGAUAUCGCCAAGACUGGCCUCAGUGGGACGUGGGCGCUUGUCUGCAAACCAGACAAACUCAAGGAGCUGGUUGCACGCGCAGAGGAGCUCGGAGUGCAACGUGGCUCCGGCCAGUUCAUGUAUGCGCUCGCCACCGUCUCCUGCGUAAACCGAGAGAAGAUUGCUGCAAGAAUGGAGUUACUGAAGAAGACACUUGGCUGCUCUGAUGGAGUGGUGCAAAUUGCGAUCGUCAGGCACCCAAGCAUCUUAAGAGCAUCCGAGGACAACCUGCGCAGCACCGUAGAGUUCCUCGUCACCAAGGUCGGUCUCGAGCCAGAGUACAUCGUGCGCAGGCCUGCACUCAUCAGUUACAGCCUGACUGCGAGGCUGGUGCCUCGGUAUAUUGUCAUGAAGAUACUGCAGGGCAAGGGGCUUCUUACUUCUGACUAUUGCUCAAUUGUUGUUGCGAAGGAGCCGUAUUUCGUUUCAAGAUUCAUCGACCAUUACAAGGAGAGUGUUCCUGAGCUCGCAGAUGUGUAUGCUGCAGCUCGUGCAGGAAAUAUACCCUCUCACCUCCAACCUUGACAGGUUUAUAGAGAUAUUGAGGGUUCAUAUAGUUUUCAUGUUCACAGUCAUCAGCAUAGCACUGCUGUUGUUUCUUGAUCCUCUCUUGAUUUAGUACUGUGACUGAAACAGGGAUGCUGCUGAUUUUUUUUGGCCAUACCAUGACAAGUUACAUUUGCUGCACUAUAUGGAACAGUGGAAAUUCUGA